GUCACACUGACCGUGACUAGCGGCUUUGGCUGUCACAAUUUUAUCAAUAAGCAGCCAGUUGCUUGACUUAUUAUUUUCGUUUAAUAUAAAAAGUUGAAAGUUUUUGUGUUCGCAAGCAAAGCAGAGAAACGCAACGAGCACACAAUGGAGGAGGAAUGGUGGCAAACCAAUUUGCGCGAGCUAAAUGCAAAGGGUAAGCGCAUGGAGACGCUCACCAGUAUGUUUACGAAAAUCAACAAACAAUCGGCCCUGCCGCGCCAUAUAAUUGAGUCGCUGUUGCGCGCGCCGGCGCUCUACGAAUGUGCCAUCGUCGAGGAUGCCGACAAAGAGCCACUGGUGAAUAUGUCCACUGACUUUAUACGCAGCUGCCUGGACCAGCUGCAGCUGGACAUGAGCGAUGCGAAUCUGCCGCAGCUGCUCAACCCCGCGCUGCAUCAUUCUAAUCCCGCCCUGCGUGCCUUGGUGCUCAACAAUCUGCUAAAGGAGCUGCGCCGCCAGACUAGCGACAGCGCAAUACAGACGCUGCCCAGCAACGAGUUGCUCGUCUAUGUGCUAGACGAGCUGCAACAGCCGGAGACGCAGUGCAGCGCCGCCGCCAUCAACAUAUUGACCAUUGUGCUCAGCCAGUGGCUAAAUGAUGCCGGCGUCCAGUCCAAGCUGGUGCAGCUGCUGCAGCAGAACGAAGUGGUACGCUGUCGCGCCUACGAGUUGGGCGUCAUGCUGGCCAAGCGCAGCGCCGAUUCUCUAAGCUCCGUCGAGUUCAUACUGGAUGCAGCGCUCGGCGAGUUGGACAACGACGAUGUGCUGCUGCAAGCGAGCGUGCUGGAGAUACUGGUGCCUUUGGCCGAGCAGAAUCACGGCCUCAGCUACAUGGAGCGACGUCGCGUCUUCGAUAUCAUCAGCAGUCGCGUGCAGCGCAUCGAGGAGCAUCCAUUGGACACCCUGCUCAUACCCAGCAUCAUGAAGUUCUUUGGCAAAGUGGCUGCGGUGCAGCCGCAAAAGAUCAUAGCCGGCUAUCCGCACAUGCUGGCCUGCCUGUUUGAGCUGCUGCAGUCCGGCGAUGAGGCUGUCCUGCCCACGGCCAUGGACACGCUGGCCAAUCUGGCGAGCACCGUGCAGGGCAAGAAGCUAAUGCAUGCACAGUUCCAGCCCGCCAUGCAGCAAACACUGCGCAAGUAUGCGGACUAUAUCAGAAAUCUCUCGCCGCCGCUCAAAAUACGCUUGCUCAACUCUCUGGAUGUCAUCUUUACCCAGGAGACGCCGGCCAGCUCUGAGCUGAGCGCCAUUUUGAAGAACUGGUACGAGUGCUUUGCCAGUGGCCAGCAGCUGAGCCACAUCAUGGAGCUGCUGCACACACCGUUUCCCGAUCUCCAGCUGGCCGCGCUGGGCCUGCUAAAGACCCUCUGCCAAUACCAAUGGGGCAUCAAAGCUGUGCAGGGCACAGCGGGUGCCAUUGAGUUUUUGCUGUCGCGUCAGCCUGAUCUGCACAAGGAUGUCAAGUAUCUAAAGUGGCAGAUUAUGGAGCAGCUGUCGGUUAGCAGCGAGUUUACGGCCACCGAAACGGUGCGCUUCACUGCCUAUGUCAACGAGGGACCAUAUCAUGUCCAGAGCAAUGUCAACAUUGCCACCGAGCCGCAGGGCAAUCAGUAGCCACAGGCGCUAUCACACCUGGUCAGCCGGACACCCACAUUCACACCCACACACUCACACAUACACCCUAAGCAAUACAAGUAGCUGUGAAUGCACUCCAUGCCUGAGGUUAUGCUGCACGCAUAACUGCGCCUGCAUUUACAGUUAAACCACACUUGAGGUUAGUUUUGGGUCUCCUUUUUAACCCAGUUGAAAAAUCCAUUUGAAAAGAAA